CAAAGUAAUGGGGAAGAAUAACGUUUUAGUUAAGGUUCAUCUUGAACGGAAAUAUGUUGUUGACAUUGAUAAAAAUAUCGAUAUCACCAAGAUAACUCCAUCAACAAGAGUUGCUCUCCGUAAUGACAGUUAUGUGCUUCAUUUAAUCUUGCCAAGCAAAGUUGAUCCAUUGGUCAACCUCAUGAAAGUUGAAAAGGUUCCAGAUUCCACAUAUGACAUGAUUGGCGGUCUUGACCAGCAAAUUAAAGAGAUAAAGGAGGUUUGCCUCGUGUACCCUUUUACUUUCUGCAUUUAAACUGGUA